AUGCCGCCCAAGAUCGACCCCAGCGAGGUCCGCUACAGUGCCGUGCUGCCAGUCAACGUCAAGGUCUGCGGAGGCGAGCAGGGCCCCGCACCCACCCUCGCGCCCAAGCUCGGCCCCCUCGGCCUCAACGCCAAGAAGAUCGGCGAAGAGGUGGCCAAGAAGGGCACCGAGUACAAGGGCAUCCGCUGCAUGAUCCAGCUCAAGUGCCAGAACCGUGCGGCAGAGAUCUCGGUGGUGCCGACUCCUCCGCGCUGAUCGUCAAGGAGCUUGGGGGACAUCGGCCGGGACCGCAAGAACCAGAACAUCACGCACAAGGGCAACCUCACCUUCAAGGCCGUCGAGAAGAUCGCCAAGAUCAUCCACCCGAAGUCCAUGUCGAAGACCUUCACGGGCACCGUGCUGCAGGUGCUGGGCACCUGCCUCUCCGUGGGCUGCACGGUGGACAAGAAGAGCCCCAAGGCCGUCAUCAAGGAGAUCAAGGCCGGUGAAAUCAAGGUCUCUGCGCUCUGA